AUGAUUUCAAGUGCCAUAAAGACCAACUCUGGUCGUCGUUCUUACCAUUUAUUGAAAAAUAAUUCUAAAAAUUUAACUUCAAUCAUCAACAAAAGAUUUAAUGCUACAACUUCAACAGCUACAAGACCAAAACCUGCUCCACAAUUUGCUCAAACUAUAAAUACAAAUGAAUCCAAGAUCCAACCACCAUCUCCAUUAAACAAGAAAAAUCAAACUCAAGCCCUUGAUGAUUCAUUUGUAGGACUUACAGGUGGUCAAAUUUUCCAUGAAAUGAUGAUGAGACAUAAAGUUGAUACUGUUUUCGGUUAUCCAGGUGGUGCUAUCUUACCAGUUUAUGAUGCCAUUUAUAACUCUGAAAAAUUCAACUUCGUUUUACCAAGACAUGAACAAGGUGCUGGUCAUAUGGCUGAAGGUUAUGCUAGAGCUUGUGGUAAACCAGGUGUUGUUUUAGUUACAUCAGGUCCAGGUGCCACCAAUGUUGUUACACCAAUGGCUGAUGCUCUUGCCGAUGGUGUUCCUUUAGUUGUUUUCACUGGUCAAGUUGCUACAAGUGCUAUUGGUACUGAUGCCUUCCAAGAAGCUGAUGUUGUUGGUAUUUCAAGAUCUUGUACUAAAUGGAACGUUAUGGUUAAAGAUGUUUCAGAAUUACCAAGACGUAUUAAUGAAGCUUUUGAAAUCGCUACUAGUGGUAGACCAGGUCCAGUUUUAGUUGAUUUACCAAAAGAUGUUACCGCUGCUAUCUUGAGAGAAGCUAUUCCAAUUAAAUCUACAAUUCCUUCAAAUACUUUAGAAGAAAUUACUAAAGCCGCUACAACUGAAUUUGUUUUAGCUUCAAUCAAAAGAUCUGCUAAUUUAUUAAAUCAAGCCAAAAAACCAGUCUUAUACGUUGGUGCUGGUAUCUUAAAUAGUGAAGAUGGUCCAAAAUUAUUAAAAGAAUUAUCUGAUAAAGCUCAAAUCCCAGUUACAACUACUUUACAAGCUUUAGGUGCAUUUGAUCAAGAAGAUCCAAAAUCUUUAGAUAUGUUGGGUAUGCAUGGUUCUGCUUUUGCUAAUUUAGCUAUGCAAAAUGCUGAUUUAAUUAUUGCAUUAGGUGCAAGAUUUGAUGAUCGUGUUACUGGUAACAUUUCUAAAUUUGCUCCAGCUGCUAAAAAAGCCGCUUUAGAAGGUAAAGGUGGUAUUGUUCAUUUUGAAAUCAGUGCUAAAAACAUUAAUAAAGUUGUUCAAGCAAAUGAAGCUGUUGAAGGUGAUGUUACACAAAAUUUAAGAAGUUUUUUACCAUUAAUUAAAAAAGUUGAUGAAAGACCAACAUGGUUUAAUCAAAUUAAAGAAUGGAAACGUAAAUAUCCAUAUGAUUAUCAAAGAGAAACUCCAGGUUCAAAAGUUAAACCACAAACUUUAAUUGCUGAAAUUUCAAGACUUUGUAAUGAAUCAGGUAGAGAAACUAUUGUUACCACUGGUGUUGGUCAACAUCAAAUGUGGGCUGCUCAACAUUGGACUUGGAAAAAUCCAAGAACUUUUAUAACAUCAGGUGGGUUAGGUACCAUGGGUUAUGGUUUACCAGCUGCUAUUGGUGCUCAAAUUGCUAAACCAGAUGCUAUUGUUGUUGAUAUUGAUGGUGAUGCUUCAUUUAACAUGACUUUAAUGGAAAUGUCAAGUGCAGUUCAAGCUAAAGCUCCAGUUAAAGUUUGUGUUUUAAAUAAUGAAGAACAAGGUAUGGUUACUCAAUGGCAAUCAUUAUUUUAUGAACAUCGUUAUUCUCAUACACAUCAAACUAAUCCUGAUUUUAUGUUAUUAUCUCAAGCUAUGGGUUUCAAAGGUAUUAGAAUUGAAACUCAAGAAGAAAUGUUACCAAAAUUAAAAGAAUUUAUUGAAGCUAAAGAACCUGUUUUAUUAGAAGUUUUAGUUGAAAAGAAAGUUCCAGUCUUACCAAUGGUUCCAGGUGGUAAAGCUUUAGAUGAAUUUAUUGUUUUCGAUGCUGAAGUGGAGAAACAACAAAAGGCAUUACGUGCUCAACGUACUAAUGGUUUACAUUAA